AUGGUCGUGAGAGCCCUGCAGCGGGUGGUGCUCGUUGUUACUACAGGUGGCCCUGCUGCGAAGGAGGAUAGGGCUGAGCAACAGAAGAAAGAGAGCAAGACAGCCUUUGCCUUCUUCAGCAGCGUCGAGGCCGCAGGGAUCGCUCUGGAGGCGCUGAGAGCCAGAGAGCUAUUUCAGGCCAAGACCGCUCAUAUCGCAGCACUCAGCAACGACAGUCAGGGAUCAGGUAGCAAGGGGCAGCACAUUGACUUUGCUCGUUUCAGCUCCCACUUCAUCCAGGCAGGCGAGGGCCGAGGCAAUCCUGCCUGCGGCGGUGAGGAUGCUUCACCAAGCUGGACUACAACUUGGCACGACGACGAGACAGGCCAUGAUUGGCAGCCGGUUGAUCCAGAAGCGAAAUGUCAGAUCUGGCAAAAGGGCUGGCCGUUGCCACUGCCUAAUCCAGGCCGAGAGAAAACCGAGGGUCGUCCUCCCUCCCACCAGCAAGCAGAGAAGUCACAAGCAUCCUCUGAGAAGCACAAGAAAGCCAAGGUCCCACCAGCCCCGCCGAUACUCGGAGGUAAGCUAAAUGCGGCGCACAAUAUCGCUCAUUGGGGGAGGAAGCAGGAGGAGCUGCACGGCGUCGGGCUGUCCACCGUCGCUGCGACGAAGUCAUCAAUUCCAGCCGCAUCGGCGCCUAUGCAGCCCACAGCGCCAUCAAUAUCAACCACGUCACAGUGGAAAUCCAUUCCUCCAUCAACCACCUUACCUUCUUCAGCCCCAUCCGUCACUUCGCACAGGGAGAGCGAAAGCUUCACCGACCCUGACCCGGCCGUCCUCGCCUGCUACCUAUGCUCGCGACGCUUUAAGACCCCAACCCAACUUGCCAAGCACGAGGCUCAGUCUGAACUACACAGGGGCAAUUUGGCGGAUGAGAGCAAGAGAGCGGAGGGUAGGGAGCGGAAGAGAGAAGCGAGGGACAAGGAUAAGAGGGAGAGAAAGGAGGCAGCGCAGGUUGAGGGAGAAGAGCCUUCAGCCGAAGUCGCGAAGGAAGCGCAGAACAACGAGGUGGAUUGCGCCUCCGGUGAGGCAGCUGCAGCUAUCGUCGCCCCCUCCGUUGCUCCUCCUCAACCACAGUAUAGGGAUCGAGCCCUGGAGCGUCGCGUCGCCUUCGGGAUCGACGAAUCUGCCCUGUCCCAAGCCAAGCGCGCCAAACGUCAUCAUCAACAGGACCGUACCUUUCAUCCCGGUCCUCCUGCUCCUACCGCAUGUUCUGCUGCUCAGCCGGAACCUGAGCCGCAGCCGGCAAGCGGUCGUGCCCUCGACGACAGUAAUGUCGGUCAUGCAAUGUUGCGCGCCAUGGGCUGGGAGAUUGGGCGAGGCUUGGGUGAAGGGGAGAAGGAGGGUAGGGCAGAGCCUGUUGAGGCUGUGCUGGGUUUUGGUGGGGAGGAGAGGGCCGGCAUUGGUGCGACGAGGAGGGUUGAGGAGACUACACUACCUGUCGGCGUGGCAGGGAUAGGCAUGAUGCAAGGCUCGAUGCUUGACCAGGCGAGGGGGGCGAGAAGAAGGAGGUAUGAGGAGAUAGCCGCAGGCGAGGGAGAGGGAAGCCAAGGCCAGCAGCGAUGA